UUGUACAUUAAAUCCAAAUUUUAACCAGGCAGUUAAAACCAGUCAGGAUGUCUUCCUAUAGCAUGUCUUCACAAUGCAGCUUCUUCCUACUGAUAGCUGUCUCUGGAUGGUUUCUUAUAGAAACUAAUGAGAAUGUAGAGGAUGUUUAUAGCGAAGCAGGGAGUACAGUACUUGUAAAUGUUUGCAAUCAAAGCUUCAAUACUGAAAAUGACUUUAUGUGGUUAAAAGGGAGCUCACAAAUAGUUGCACGAUACCGAAAUGGUUCUAAAGUGUAUGGAAAAUUUAUCAAUAGAGUUGAAGCUUUUGCAAAUGGCACGCUGAAAUUUAACAUCACAACAAAAGAUGACGAAGGAGAAUACAAAUUCCAAGUACAUAACAAUGAGGGAAAACUUCAAUGCAGUCGAGAUUUUAAAUUGCGUUUACUUGAGAAACUAUCAACACCGGUAUUGAAUAUUACUUGUGUAUCUGAGAGAGAUGUAUUCAUGUCAUGUGAGGUUCGUGGAGGGAUUCCAUUUAACUUCUAUUUGAAUGACCAAAAACUUACUGAAGACAAUGCUGUGUUUUCAUCUGAUGGAAAGAAGGCUACACUGAAGAAUUCUACCUCGAUAUUCGGCAAUAAAACAUUUUUUUGUAAAAUUGAAAAUCCAGUUAGUAAAAUCGAGACUGCUCCAAGAGAACUUACCUGUGCAGGUACAAAAGAAGGUCAGCAUUAUGUGCAGGUUAUUAUUGUUAUUCUGGUGGUAGUGGUUGGACUGAUUAUUCUUGUGGGUGUGGCAUAUUGUUUUUUUCAGAAAAGUCUUUAACAACAUCUGGAAGACAAAGGGAGCUGGGAACCAGUGAAGAAGUGGGCAUUAAAAUGCAAGUAUGCAGUGCAACAAAGUGGACUGAGGGAAAAAAUCUAUUUGAAUAAGCAACUGACCUGCAAGAUUUUCAAGUGUUUGACUGGUGGCUUUGCAGAAUUAAAUACAAUCAACAAUCCAUAAAUGUUUUUUCACAAUUGAACAGAACCAUCUGGUACAUCAAUUUGAGUCAUGGAACUUUUGUCUGUUUUGUAAACUAGUGUUACCCUGUUUUAUUUUUUAUAAUCCUGUUUCUUGAGAUGUUCCACUCAAAGAUUUGAGAAACAAAUGUAAAGCUGUGCACUCAGCAUGAAAUUAUUAUUGCAGGGUUUGCUUUGCGAAUGCCUAGCCACUGAAUAUUUUCUGAGAGGACAUGACUCUCCUAAAGGUGGCUGUGCCUGUAAAGCCUGAUUUUCCUUUGUACCCAUUUGUGUGUACAUUUAGCUCUCCCCAAGCCCAUUACUUUGAUUGUGUUUCUUUCCCACUUGUCAUUUUUCUCCUUGCUCAUCCAUUUCUAAGAAAUAAUCAUAUUGUUUCUUACCUCUCCCCUCUUGGGUACUUUUCCCCUCUGUCCUUAUUCAAUCCAUUUCUAAUUCUCUGUCUCUCCUGCUGUCACUCCGGGUUUGGAUUUUACUUGGAUCAAUCUAAGGCAUCUGUGCACCUCUUAGCAUUCUGAGAAACUCACUUUGUGGCAUCCAUCACUGCAUCUUUAUAAGCAGCAAUCUUAAAUUGUCCUCCCUUCCCAAUUAGCUAAGGUCAAUGGAUAUCCUGUUACACUUCCCCAAAUCACCCAAAAUCUCUCUGUAUUCUGUAAACAGGAAAACAAUCAAUAUUUUCUCUGCAUUUCUGGUUUGAAUAUGUAUUCACUCAAACAAGGAUGAACCAUCUACAAAAAUACUGUGGAUAAUUGUAUUAGCAUUAUGGAUUUUACUAAAGUUUGGCUUAAAUGGAUUCUUACUGAAGCUUCACGGCUGGUGAAACAUUCCAUAUCUGGCACAGCCAAACUACCAGAGUAUGAUAUGUGGGCAAAGCACAUCUCGAUCUCUUACCCCUUUCACUUUGUAUACAUUCUUCUUCAAGCAUCUCUUUUUGUUCCAUCUUCUCACGAUGAUUUUUCUUCAUGGUACAUCAAAACCACCCUGAGAUGUCAUCCCUUCUUUUCCCUUGAUAUUUGCACCAGGUGACUUCCCAUCCUCAAUAAUUCUGAACUUUAUCUUAAUUCAUCUUUGCCUCAUUCCAUCCUCCUAUUCUGCAAGAGGUGUGAGGACGGGUGAUGAGUUUCUUCUUCAUGAAAUCUGGUAUUAACUGUUCAGUUCAUUCUGCUGCAUUCUCUCCUGUCCUUUUUUAUAAAAUGAAAUUCCUGGGUUCCCCUCUUGUCUUGCAAUGAUUCUGCAUGUUUGUAUGGUGCCUCUCCUAAUACCUGAGUCCAUCUGAUCUUUAAAAUUCACUGACAGCUUUUGAUAUCAUUCUCACACUCAUCUGCUGAUCCCUAGUGUUGGCUGACAUUGUAAACUAUCUAUAUCUUCAAACAGGCCUAUUUCUCAAAAUUACCAUCAUCAACCUAUUCAUUUAACCUUUUCAUCAUUAUAAACUACCAUUUCAUUUCCUUUCGUUAUUCAAAGUCCCUAAAAGCAUUGUCACUUCUGAAAUCUGUGUCCACUUUAUCAGAAUCUUUGGGUUCACACCACAGAUCCAUGCCUCUUCUGGAGAUGGCGCCCUGGAAGUGAACCAAUCUUCUGGAGGAAUGUGCUGCCCAAAGUAACUGAAGUUGUCUAAAUGUGACCACCCCACUGAUUGACCGAACAUCCAUUUUCUAAAUUUAGAACAACAGGUCCAUUCAGCAGGUUCACACAUCAUUAAACAAAGAUCAAGCAUUCUCAUAAAUUAAGGCAGAACACAAGUAUUAAUUGAAGAGGCAGGAACCCAACUUGCAGAUAUGAUAGUUAUGAAAAAUGCACAAUAUUGAAAUUAAAUGGAAAGGCAAAGGUAUAGGUAAUCUGUUCCUUGUGACAGCUAUGGGGUACAAUUGCAGUGUCUCUGUAUUUACAGCAAAACAAAGAGUGAAAGAGAACAGAAACUGUAGUGUGAGAAAGCUCUGCACAAUGCUGCCUGUCAACUUGGAGCUGGAAUCUUCUGUCCUUUUCAACAGGGGCCUAUCUGCAAGGGCACCAGCAUCUCAGAGCUCAUGUUCAGCAAUGUCCUCCUAUAUACCACCCCAUCAAUGUCCAUGUGAGUUCUCCAUGGCAAAUGUUGUUUAUAACCUCACCCUCCAGUGAGCAGGUAAACCAUUCUUUAGCCUUGGCCUAGGUGCAACCUAAUCAUGUCUGCAUGACUGACCACACUUUAUAUGAGCCUCCAAUGUAGGUGCAAUGGCAGUGUCUGGGUGGGUGACUGUGAGAGUCAGCACCAAUGGCAAGGCCUCUAUGCCAGUAUUAUUCUGUUAUUGUUUCUUUCUCCCCUUGUUUGCUGGUGCUAGGCAGCUACAUAUUUGAAAGCAAGAACGAGCAGAGAAGGUUGUGGUAACAGAGGUACAGGAAUGGGUAUAAAGCAGAUAACUUCAUCUUCAGACCAAACAGGAAGCUGGAGGUAUGAAAACAUCAUAAUCAGAAAAAUACCGCUAUCCUGCACGGUCAAAUUAGUGCUGGUUAAUCUCUACCAUGAUGUAGAGAGUUAUUUCCUCCACAGGACUCAGGAGAAUCAGAGGUCCCCCAUCAUCUCUGCUCCGUUUCACUGUGCUGCUUUGCCCUCCUUGGGAUAGGGAAGAACUCUAGUUGAAGCUGUUUUUUAGUGAGUCACCCUCUGUAACUGCAGGGCUGAAGGUUGUGGCAGUGAGAGAUUGGCGUAUGGCUACCAGGCUUGGUAACUGUGUGACGAGGAAGUAGAGCAUUUGGAUGUUAUGUUUGGAUGUUAUAUGCCAGGGAGUAUUGCUGGCUGAGUGUCGGGUGCAGUGUAUUGGUCAGCUUGAGAUGCCAGUGGAGACAUCAUGAGAAGAUAGAUUUGUUGGCCUUGAUCAAUCAUGUAAGUUCUGUGACACCACUGCAGGUCCUUGAGUCAGAGGCUGAGAAUUGACCAGGCCACUUUCUCCCAUUCCCUUCUGAAGGUUGUGCUGAGGGGCUCUUGCCCCCAUUUCAGGACCAUGAGUGCCCGAGUGCCUCCAGUACCAAAACCAUGACUUUGGGGCCUUCCAUCUACCCUGAUGUUCCAUUUUCUGGGAUUUUAAGUGCAGCAAUAGUACUCAUCACCAAACUGCUAAAUUCAGUGGCACAUCCCUCUGAGAGAUAGACCAUACCAUUUGCCAUCAGUGAUUGCAGAAGCAGUUAGCAGCAUGAUGGACAGCGUUAUAUUUUUAUGCCCGAAACGUCGAAUUUCCUAUUCCUUGGGGGUUUAUGCCCGAAACAUCGAAUUUCCUAUUCCUUGGAUGCUGCCUAACCUGCUGUGCUUUAACCAGCAACACAUUUUCAACUGUGAUCUCCAGCAUCUGCAGACCUCAUUUUUUACCCGAAGAUUUUAACCUACUGCGAAUCCUCUUGCAAGGAUGCCUUCCUUGAAGAAGCUCUCUUCCUCCCUCUACAAGGAUUUCAGUGAGUCUCUCUCUCACUGCACCCCCCAGGUCAUCUCCUCUGCACAGAAACUCUUCAGCCACAUUCUCAAACAGACUCGUUACCACAGCCACAUCUCCUUCCUCAGCACCUGCCUACGGAACCGACUGAUCCCACACGGACUCCGAACUACAUUCCAACCAACAAAAUUUGGACCCAACCAGGACAACCUGUACCUACGACAAAUCCGAAGCCUCCAGCAUCAGACCUCCCUCCAGAUCCUCCGCUCCACCCUUGCAGCCAUGCGUCGCUACCUACAUUCCCUGCAGUCAGCCCUACCCCAGCUCAGGACAACACUCUCUCAAACUUGCAAAGGACCUCUGCUGUUCUUCAUCUACAGAAGAAUCCAUACACUAAACAAACAGUUCUUCCUAGCCAUAUCAGAAAUUAAAGACAGUAAGUACCGAAAACUUUCAUGUACUUACCCCCACACUCGUGGUUCCUCAACUGUUCCAGAAUCUUCUAUCGGCCUGUCGGACGUCAUUACACAUGUGGCCGUUACAGCGCCCGUGGCUCCAACGGCCGCUGCCGACCGUGACGUCACUUCCGCCCCCACCGACCUCGGAGCCUCCGCGAUCGCCGCCCAAACAACCACCCCGGCGAUCACCGCACAGACAACCGCUUCCACGAUCGCCAGGAAGAUCGCUGACGGACUCGCGACCCCCGCGGCUACCGGGAAUGACUACGGUUCUUUCGUCGCCACAACCAUUUCCGCCCCUCGGUUGCCGUCGCCGCAGCCACUUCCGCCCCCACUGACAUCACUAACCUGCAGGACCACAACGCCUCAGGUUUCUCCGCCCCCACGCCGUCUUUCAUCACUACUCGUAACCCCGCCCUCACGCAAACCUUCGUCACCACGCAUAACCCCGCCCCCACGCCGACUUUCGCCACCAUACAUAACCCCGCCCCCACGCUUAUUUCCGUCACAACGCAUGACCCCGCCCCCACGCUUGACCCCGCCCCCAUGCUUGACCCCGCCCCCACACCAAGCAACGUCACCACGUCUAACCCCGCCCCCACAUCGAUCUCUGUCCCCGCCCCUAACCCCGCCCCCACCCCCAGCUCCAGUCCCACACCAGGUCCUAGCUUCCAGCCUUGCCGGAUCUUCACCAUCCCUCCAGACCUCCCCCUCUCUGAGGAUGAAAGAUCAGUCCUCAGCAGAGGUCUCACCUUCAUUCCCCUACGCCCUUGAAUCAAUGAGUUCAACACGCGGCGAAAUAUUGAACAAUUCUUCCGCCGCCUUCGCCUCCGUGCCUACUUUCACAACCAAAACUCCCGCCCACCCUCUGACGACCCCUUCUCCCGCCUCCAACGCACCACAGCCACCUGGACACCCCGUGCUGGCCUCUUACCCGCCCUCGAUCUAUUUAUAGCCAACUGCCGCCGCGACAUUAACUGACUCAAUCUGUCCACCCCUCUCACCCACUCCAACCUCUCACCCUCAGAACGUGCAGCCCUCCACUCCCUCCGCUCCAAUCCCAACCUCACCAUCAAACCGGCAGACAAGGGAGGCGCGGUAGUAGUUUGGCGCACCGAUCUUUAUACCGCUGAGGCCAAACGCCAGCUCGCGGACACCUCCUCUUAUCGCCCCCUCGACCACGACUCCACCUCCCACCGCCAAACCAUCAUCUCCCAGACCAUCCAUAACCUCAUCACCUCAGGGGAUCUCCCAUCUACCGCCUCCAACCUCAUAGUCCCACAACCCCGCACCGCCCGUUUGUACUUCCUGCCCAAAAUCCACAAACCUGAAUGCCCCGGCCGACCCAUUGUCUCAGCCUGCUCCUGCCCCACCGAACUCAUCUCCGCAUACCUCGACACGGUUCUGUCCCUUUUAGUCCAAGAACUCCCCACCUACGUUCGGGACACCACCCACGCCCUCCACCUCCUCCAGGAUUUUCGCUUCCCCGGUCCCCAAUGCCUUAUUUUCACGAUGGACAUCCAGUCCCUGUACACCUCCAUCCCCCAUCACGAAGGACUCAAAGCCCUCCGCUUCUUCCUUUCCUGCUGCACCAACCAGUACCCUUCCACUGACACCCUCCUUCGACUGACUGAACUGGUCCUCACCCUGAAUAACUUCUCUUUCCAAUCCUCCCACUUCCUCCAAACUAAAGGAGUUGCCAUGGGCACCCGCAUGGGCCCCAGCUAUGCCUGUCUCUUUGUAGGAUAUGUGGAACAGUCCAUCUUCCGCAACUACACUGGCACCACCCCCCACCUAUUCCUCCGCUACAUCGAUGACUGUAUCGGCGCUGCCUCGUGCUCCCACGAGGAGGUUGAACAGUUCAUCAACUUUACUAACACCUUCCAUCCCGACCUGAAAUUCACCUGGACUGUCUCAGACUCCUCCCUCCCCUUCCUAGACCUUUCCAUUUCUAUCUCAGGCGACCAACUCAACACAGACAUCUACUAUAAACCGACUGACUCCCACAGCGACCUGGACUACACCUCCUCCCACCCUGCCCCCUGUAAAAACGCCAUCCCAUAUUCCCAAUUCCUUCGUCUCCGCCGCAUCUGCUCCCAGGAGGACCAGUUCCAACACCACACAGCCCAGAUGGCCACCUUCUUCAAGGACCGCAGAUUCCCCCCAAACGUGAUCGACGAUGCUCUCCACCGCAUCUCCUCCACUUCCCGCUCCUCCGCCCUUGAGCCCCGCUCCUCCAACCGCCACCAAGACAGAACCCCACUGGUUCUCACCUACCACCCCACCAACCUCCGUAUACAACGUAUCAUCCGCCGUCAUUUCCACCACGUCCAAACGGACCCCACCACCAGAGAUAUAUUUCCCUCCCCUCCCCUAUCAGCGUUCCGCAAAGACCACUCCCUUCGUGACUCCCUCGUCAGGUCCACACCCCCACCAACCCAACCUCCACUCCCGGCACCUUCCCCUGCAACCGCAGGAAAUGCAAAACCUGCGCCCACACUUCCUCCCUCUCUUCCCUCCAAGGCCCCAAGGGAUCCUUCCAUAUCCGCCACAAGUUUACCUGUACCUCCACACACAUCAUCUAUUGCAUCCGCUGCACCCGAUGUGGCCUCCUCUACAUUGGGGAGACGGGCCGCUUACUUGUGGAACGCUUCAGAGAACACCUCAGGGACGCCCGGACCAACCAACCCAACCACCCCGUGGCUCAACACUUUAACUCUCCCUCCCACUCCACCAAGGACAUGCAGGUCCUUGGACUCCUCCACCGGCAGAACAUAACAACACGACGGCUGGAGGAGGAGCGCCUCAUCUUCCGCCUGGGAACCCUCCAACCACAAGGGAUGAACUCAGAUUUCUCCAGUUUCCUCAUUUCCCCUCCCCCCACCUUGUCUCAGUCGGUUCCCUCAACUCAACACCGCCCUCCUAACCUGCAAUCUUUUUCCUAACCUCUCCGCCCCCACCCCACUCCAGCCUAUCACCCUCACCUUGACCUCCUUCCACCUAUCACAUCUCCAUCGCCCCUCCCCCAAGUCCCUCCUCCCUAUCUUUUAUCUUAGCCUGCUUGGCACACUCUCCUCAUUCCUGAUGAAGGGCUUAUGCCCGAAACGUCGAAUUUCCUAUUCCUUGGAUGCUGCCUAACCUGCUGUGCUUUAACCAGCAACACAUUUUCAACAGCGUUAUAUUUUUACCAGAUAACUGGGAUGGAAACUUCAAAUUUGUGUGCUGCUUCCCUUCACUGGGACCAGCAUCAGAAGUCACCGAUUACAAACCCCAAACACACACCAAUUUUUACCCCUCCAUCUUGCUGCUCUUUGUUCCUGUAUUGCAUUGCAACAACCCUAAUUAGAGUUCUAAAUAAUAACUGCUGCGUUUUUCUUCUCCUCAAACUCGUUGGAACUUUUGAUGUGAUUAACAUUCUCCAAUGCAUUUUCUCCAUUGUUGCAGUCAACAGAAUGGAGUGGGUAGCUCACAGCUUCAACUAGACAAGUCUUGUCACCUUUCUCAUGGGUUCUUGCAUUCCUCGAAGACUGACCUCUUGCAUAGCACAAAACUUUAACGGUGCAGCAGGAGGCUAUUCAGUUCAUCAUGUCUAGGAGCACAGGAACGAAGGGAGCCAAUUGAGUCCAUUCAACAUGAUAAUGGCUGAUCAAACACAUUUAUAUAUUCCCAUAACCCUGUAUUCCCUGAAUCAGAAAUCUAUCAGUCUCUAAUUAAAUGUACAUAAAGACUGAGCCUCCAUAGUCUGUUGUCAUAGAGAAUUCGAAAGGUUCUUAAACUCUUGAUUAAUAAUAUUUCUCCUCAUCUUGGACCUACAUAGCAUCUGUCUUAUUUUUAAAUUAUGCCCCCCAUUCUAAACUCCCCCACUAGGGGAAACAUCUUAACUGCAUCUACCCUAUCCAUCCUUUAAAUAUUUUGUAAGGUUGAAUGCGAUCACCUUGCACUCUACAAAACUCGAGAGAAAAAAGGCCCAGUUACGAACUUCUCUUCAUAGAUCAGUGAUGCCAACCCAGGGCCAAAUUUGUGAAGCUCUGACACAUUCCCUCUGUGAUAACAAUGUCUUUUCUGUGUUAAGGAGACUGAAAACUGCACACAACACUUGAUAUGCAGACAAGUCAAACUUCUACACAAUUGAAGACUGCAUUCUGUACUCAAAUCCUCUUGUGUUAAAGGCUAAUGUUCUAUUGAACUUACUAAUAGUUUGCUGCAUUUUUAAAAAUUACUUCACAGGAUAUGGGUUUUGCUGACUGGGCUGGAAUUUAUUGCCCAUUCCUAGUUACCCUCGAGAAGGAGGUGAUGACCAUGCAUUUUGGUCUUCAGUAACUUAGUAACAAGGAAACCUAGGUCACUUUGUGCCCCUAUACUUUUCAUUUAACAAUAUUAUCCAUGUCUGUUCCUCCUACCAAAGUCAAUAGCCUCACAUUUUUCUAACAUUAUAAUUUAUCUGUUCAUUCACAAGGGCCCUCACCAGCUUUUACAGAUGCACCAUAGAGAGCAUUCUAUCCGGUAUGGUAUGGCAACUCUCUGCCAAGGACCAUAAGAAAGUAUUAACUUUCAGGUUGUGUGCACAGCCCAGACCACCACAGAAGCCAACCUCUCAUCCAUGGACUCUAUUUACACUUCUUGUUGCUGUGGAAUGGCUACCAACAUCAUCAAAGACCCCUCCCACCCCGGUAAUGUUCUCUUCCAACCUCUUCCGUGAGGUAGAAGAUACAGGAGCUUGAAUACACAUAUCAAUGAGUUCAAGAACAGCGUCUUCCCUGUUGUUAUUGGACUGUUGAAUGGACCUCUCUAACUCCAAAUAAUGGUGAUCUCGCUAAUGUUGAUCCUGCUUUGCACACCUCCUGUGCAGUUGUAAUCUUGUAUGCCUCACUCUAAGCCCCCUAUGAUUUGCAUACUGCUCACAAAACAAAGCUUUUCAUUGUACUUAGGUACAUGUGACUACAAUAAAUUAAAUCAAAUCAAGUCAAAAUCAUCUUGAAGCCAUGUUACAUUUUGUUUAUAUUCAAUAUUUCCAUUUAGCUUUGUAUAUCAUCCACAAUUUGGAAAUGCUACAUUUGGACCCAGACUGCAAAUCAUUAAUAUCAGCCAAGGCCCAAGUUCUGAUUCUUGCUGUACCCCACUAGUCACAGCCUGAAAAUGCAAGGAUUUUUACUACACUCUGUUUUCUUUCCUCAUUAGUUUCCACAGCUUCCUUUACCCCUCUCCGACUGAGAGGUCACGUCAUUAGUUUUCUAGGGUAUAAUAUGGGGAAUUCCCUCCCCUUAACCUCUGUAUCCCUAUCUCGAUCCUCUCCUUGAAAGCACAGCAUAAAAUCUAAUUCUUUGAGAAAGCUCAUGUUGUUUUAUCCUAAUACUGUUCUGUGUGGAUUGGUCAACUGAAACUGUGAAGUGUUCUGUGACAUCUUACAAUUUUAAGCAGGCACUAUUAAAAAGCAAAGGUAAAAAACUUCCUCUUUUAGAAAAACUAUCCCAAUAUGAGAAAGGUCUGCCAAGCCGAUCCUUAUGAAGACCUUUCAGUUAGUUGUCCCUUUAUGGUGAUACAGGGUCACCCUGAGUUUAAAAAAAAUCAAGCAAGUCACUCUUCUCUGUUCUGAAUGUCAGAAGAUGAAAUCUUAACCCAAAUUAAGGUGGGAAAUAUUGUACUGAAUUCAGUUUUUUAAUCAAUCUUGAAUUUAUUUGUUCAAAUUAUCAUUGAUCCCAGAGCUGCUGUUAGGAAAACUUAGUUGUGUAAACAAACUUGUUGUUCAUUAUAAUCCAAAGUAAACUACCUAUUGGAAAUGUGAAA